AUGAGUAAAACUGAAACAGCCAUGAAACAAACCAAAUAUAUCAAGUUCAGUUAUAGGUCUCCUACUAAAAGGAAAGGUAUUAAGCAAGAAAAUGAUGGGAUGGAGAGUAUCCCUAGAAUUAUAACGAGUCAAGAGGAUGAACAUUCGCCAACUAGAGUGAAAAGGGAAAGAGAAGAGGAUGAAGAUGAAGGAACAAACACUUUACAACAACAAGCUAAAGAAGGUUAUGUUCGAGUCGAUGAUGAUUAUUAUUCCAAGCUUGAUAAGAACCAAUACCCGUUUAGUUCGAAAUAUAUCCCAAUGAAACCAGCCUCUGAAGAUGAAGGAUCACAAUCUCCAAUCCUAAACAAUCCAUCUAUAUUAUUACAUCAAAUGGAUAAUUACAAAACAGUUAGCGCUGAAAGUGAACAACAAUGGGGUCAAGUAUCUCACCAAGUUGUUGACUCGUUAAGGGUAUGGAGGAAACUAUACAAGAUCUUGGAUAACAAAAAGAGACAACUUAAAAAGGCUCAAUGUAAGAAGAAUUCAAGUAGCACUGGCUUUAAGAAUGGUGGUGUUGACGGUGGUUUAAAUGGUGGAGGACUUUCCAACAAUUCGUCAAAUGACAGUAGUAAUGGGAAUGAAGAGAGUGAGGACCAAGUCUCAAGUGAUAACAGUAAUGGGAGAGCUACGAAGAGAAGAAAGCUGUCUGGAGGACAACAGCAAGGGGAGGAUACACAGCAGUUAGUUGGUGGUGAAGCUCUUGGGAACGGGUAUUCCUCGAAUGAGCGCAAGACCAGAUCGACGAGAUCCAGUAGAUGA